AAUAUACCACCAUUUACUUUCAUAAAUAUAUUAUCUAAGUACUUAUAUUUUUAAAUAGCUAGCAAAGAUUCAUUCGACUUUCAAAUACUAAUUGCAUAAUGUCGCUUAAGUAUAACGAAGAGUUUAAAUACGCAUUACGUGACAUAGCAAACAACUCUUUCAAGCUGGAAAAUCAAUUUGACAGAGUCCGUUGUACAGAAUGGGUCCAUAAGCUGGUAAUGUUGUCGGAUGACUCUUUAGAAAAUAUUAAAAUUCGCAAUGAUUAUGCUCAAUAUUUACGUAUAAUGCUUAGAGCUGGUGUUCUACACGGAAUAUUUUCCAACAGUCCACCAUCAACUUUAAUGCCUUUCCCUGAAGCUAUGGGAAAAUUGGUAGCAUCAAAAGUAACAUCUCUUCCGCCUAUGGGGCCAAUCAAUGUGUAUAUGAAGCACUGGUCUCCUGACGGACGAGCUUAUGUGGCUAUAAAACCAAUACCAGGAAAAGGAGUAUUAACUUACCUUUCAGUCACUCCAGUAGCUGAUGGACAGCAAAAUAAUUAGUUUGAAUAUUAAUAAAUUGUAUUUUUAAUUGACUUUACAAUUUUUUUUUCUCAAAAAAAUAUAUAUAGUAAAUGAUUGUAUUCCAGUCGUAGUGACAACUGACAGUGGUUAAUAUCAUUGAUUAUUAUAAAUGGUUAUCAAUUAGUAUUUAGUAUUGCUAUAUUUUAUAAUCAAUGUUAAUAUUUAUUACAAUAUAGCCGAAGCGGUAUAUGUAGGCAUAAAAAUACUGAAUUAUGAAUGUCUAUAAAUAAAAUAUUUAGGACAUUCCCAAGAUAUU